GAAUGUUAUAAAAGUUUGAUAUCCUCACUGCAGUGUACAUUUCAAGCAUUGCGGCCGUUGAGGGAAGUUUGUGCAAUGAGAGUUUCAACGUUUGUGUUUCUGGUUUCUGCGGUCGUCACUGUUUGCGCUGAUGAAAACAACGAUGCAUGGCAAGCGAAGCAGAUCAUUCCAAAUGCGGCCAAGUGGAUCGAUGAUAGUUAUGCAAAGCGACAACAUGAAUUAGGAAAAAUAAUCGGAGGUCACAAGGUUGAAGUUACCCAAUUUCCAUAUCAACUUUCGUUGAGAAGCUAUGAUAACCAUAUUUGCGGGGCUUCAAUUAUCUCCACUUAUUGGGCGCUCACCGCAGCACAUUGUGUCUUCCCUCAACGCGAGCUUCGAACCAUUACACUUGUUGCCGGAGCGAGCGACCGCCUACAAGGAGGCAGAAUUCAGAACGUGACCCGAAUUGUGGUCCACCCGGAGUACAAUCCAGCAACGUUUGACAAUGAUGUGGCAGUUUUGCGAGUGAAAAUUCCUUUAAUCGGACUAAAUAUUCGAUCAACCCUCAUAGCCCCCGCAGAGUACGAGCCAUAUCAGGGUAUUCGAAGUUUGGUCACUGGAUGGGGUAGAACGUUGACUGAUAACGGGCUACCGACGAAGCUACACGCUGUCGAUAUCCCGAUAGUGUCCAGAAGCACAUGCGCCAGUUAUUGGGGCACAGAUCUGAUAACGGAAAGGAUGAUUUGUGCAGGUCAGGAAGGGCGUGAUUCGUGCAACGGAGACAGUGGUGGUCCGUUGGUUUCUGGUGGCCAGCAAAUCGGCAUUGUGUCAUGGGGAUCAACGGAAUGUGGAGGUCCAUUGCCUGCAGUAUAUACGAAUAUUGGGCACCCCAAAGUGCGACAAUUCAUCAAAAUGACGACUGGAGUGUGAAAUACAACCUGACUUACAGUGAAUAUUUUAGGAACUCUGAAUGCAUAAAAUAUGGUUUUGAAAUUGCAAUAAACAUUAACAGCGAUAAAAUA